GCAUCUUGCGCACUUCACAAAUUAUCAUUCAUUUUCCAUUUGUUUAUUAAUCGACCUUUGUUUCAAUUAAAAAAUACUUCACGUAUCUUUGUGUACUUUGCAGUCGUUUUUAUCUGGUUAAGCAAAUAGUGAUAAUCUGAAUUAUUCGUAAUAUCAUGUAGAUGUAGAUAAGCUCAGUUGACAAGUGAACUGAUUUAGAGAUAGCGGCCUAGGAUAAUUUGUGAUAAGAAUUUAUUUAAAUUAAUACAGACAUGAGCGAGCGACCACAGCCACUGAAGGCCAUAAACAGGCUGUUUGAGGGUCGGGAGCCAUGGCAGAUUGUCACCAUGACUGCUUCCUCUGUGCUCGCGCUAGUGUGGGCACACAGCCUCUACAAUGCACAGGAAUCGGUCACAAGCAGACUUCGCAAGGAGUUCUUCAGAUGGCUGCGAUCAGUGCCGUUCGUGCGGCGGAAGAUUGAUGAGAAGAUGGCGGAAAUCAACAGAGAUUUCCGCGCCGACGUCACCAAGAGGCUGGCAGGCUUGACCAUCAGGAGGCAGUUACCAGAGAAGGGUCUUACUGCAGAGGAGGUGGCUGAAGAAGUUAGGGAUCACCUCACAUUAGGUGCUUAUGACUGGAAGAGUGGUACAGUCUCUGGUGCUGUAUACCACUUAAGUCAAGAGAUAUCCAAGGUGGCAACCGACGCAUACUCCCUAACAGCAUACACCAACCCGCUCCACGCCGACGUGUUCCCCGGCAUCAACAAGAUGGAAGCGGAGGUCGUGCGCAUGGCCGCCAAUUUGUUCCAUGGGGAUGAUGAAUGCUGCGGCACUGUAACCACAGGCGGCACAGAAUCCAUAAUAAUGGCCUGCAAAGCGUUUCGAGACCUCGCCUACAGCAAGGGCAUCACCAACCCUCAAAUAGUCGUUCCAUCUACGGCACAUUCAGCGUUUGACAAGGCCGCUCAGUACCUAGGCCUGGGCGUGGUCACGGUCAAAGUAGAUCAGAAGACUAUGACGGUCAAUGUGGAGGAUGUGAGGAAGGCGAUUGGCAGGAGGACUUGCUUGAUAGUCGGGUCAGCGCCCAACUUCCCGUACGGCACCAUGGACGACAUCAACGCGCUGUCCGACCUGGCCCUAGAGUACGGCGUGCCGCUGCACGUGGACGCGUGCCUGGGGGGCUUCGUGGCCGCCUUCAUGCCGGACGCCGGACAUCCGGUGCCGGUGUUCGACUUCCGGCUGCCGGGCGUGGCGAGCAUGUCCGCUGACACGCACAAAUAUGGGUUCGCGCCUAAAGGGACAUCUGUGGUGUUAUACCGGAAACCUGAAUACCGUCAUUGCCAGUACACCGUGACUACAGAGUGGCCCGGAGGAGUGUAUGGGUCGCCUACUGUCAACGGCAGUAGAGCGGGAGGGCUGAUCGCGGCGUGCUGGGCGACCAUGAUGUUCGUGGGGCGCGCGCGGUACGUCACGAUGACGGACGAGAUCCUGCGAGUGACUAAACAUAUCGAGGCUGAAUUACGCACAGUAGAAGGCAUAUUCAUCUUCGGCAAGCCGGCGACGACGGUGAUCGCGUUCGGCUCCGACAAGUUCGACAUUUUCAAGAUGGCGGAGCUGCUGCACAAGAAGGGGUGGAGUCUUAACGCCCUGCAGUUUCCUUCUGGGAUCCACAUUUGCGUGACGCACGCACACACGCAGGCCGGCGUGGCGGAGCGCUUCGUCGCCGACGUGCGCGAGGCGGCCGGCGCGUGCCUGCAGGCCUCCACCGGCCCCGUGCAGGGCAAGAUGGCGAUCUACGGCGUGGCGCAGGAGAUCUCGGACCGCAGCCUCGUCUCCGACAUUACCAAGUACUUCAUCGACUCCAUGUACUACCUACCCACGGCAGAGGAUAAAUUAUAAUUCGUUCAAACACCAUUUUAAAACCAUAAUUUUAAACGAAUAUGGGACUUAUCUUAAACUUGCGUUUUUUUAUCGAACGUCAGCCGAUCGCUGACAGAUCGGCGAGGAAUUGUUUCAACAUCUUUCUGCGCGGGUUUUGCGAACUACCCGCAUUUUAUCUUGAUUAUUCAUUUGUACGCUAGGCACAACACUAUGCCUACCCACAACACUCACGAUAUCUGAUUUUCUAGUUACUGGCAUAUAUUUCAAUGUAAUUCUUUUAUAUCCAUUAGUUUCUGAUUUUUUUUUUCGCAAAUAUUUCGCGAAAAAAUGCCUUAACGGCAAAUAUUUUAUUAAAAUACUGUCGAUUGGGUUCUAAUGUUGCCAUAUAAAAAGGAAAGACAUUGUUUAAUAUUUUAUAGAACAAGUUGUUUAACAAUAAAUUAUAAAUUCUACUUAUAAUACGGUUUUUAUGUAAUUGUAUUGACUUUUUGUAUACAUUCCUAUUUUUUUUUGUCAGGGACUAUUCAGACCAAGACACAGAAUUUAGUUGAAUAUAAGGGAUAGUGUGUCUGUUUAUAGGUUUCACGUUAAGUGACAUUUUUCGUAGCUAAAUGUUAUGGAAGGUAGACGCAAAAACAGAAUCUCCAUAUACCCAAAAGUGUCCGACAAAAAACCAUAAAUAGGUGGCGCUACAGUACCUAGAAUUCUUGAGAAAAAAAUCUAAUCAUAGACAGUGCACUUCACUCCGUCAAUAACGCCUAGGCUCUUAGCUACUCUAGCGCUACUCUGGAGAGAUUUGGAACUAUUAUUUAUGCUGACAGCUGGACACUUUUGCAACAAUUCUGCCUAAGGAGUUUCUGUUCCUUGCCUCUACCUUCCAUAGCUAAAUGUAAUCUGUACUUAAUUUUCUUUUCCGAUAACAGGAUCAAUAUCGGCCUUAAGGACCAAAUACAUCCACACUUCCCGAUAUCGCGCCCGAACUCAAUCCCGAUGUCGGGCCUGAUAAUCGUUUUCCGUUUCACGUAAUAUCAGCACAUCGUUAGCAAUAUUUGAAAUAAUAAAGAAAUGGUUCAUUUGCAAAAAUAUGAAACAUUGAACAUUUUUGGCAAUUAAAUUAAGACAAUAUAUUUUGUACAUGUCAAAUAUUCUAAAAGAUGUUCUGAUACUUAGUGCAACGGACAAAUACUUUUACUUCUAGAUGUAAUUGGCCCUUUAAAACCACUUAAUUUUUUGGCCGCAUUUUUGACGAAGUAAUUAUACACGGUAUUAAUUGCUCACGAGGAACCCGAAAAGUAAAAGUAUGUAGUAGAUAUUUUAUCUUAGUUUCGUUCACAAUAAAAAAAUACACGUGAGGUUUUCUUAUACCCCCCCUUCCCCAGCGUUGUGUCGUGAUUUUUUUCGUGACCCCCCUCCCUCCCUAUCGAACCUCGUGUGAUUUGUGCACAAGCCCUUAGCAAUGAAAGGGUUGAACCCUUUAGCCCUAAUCACAACGAAUAACCUAUGCGUGUUUUUGUAAUCACAAUUUUUUACUUUGUAACAUAAUGUACCUAAUCUUUCUAUGUCUGUUGUUAUUACUUGUAUUUAUUGUGAUAAAAAUAUAGAAAAAUGUUGUGUAAC